CGAUUUGCGACCAUUUCAAAAUUUAAGGUGGGUCUUCCACCCGACUGGUGUGUGUGUGUCUGGCUAGCCUGGAUUUUUUGCUGUGCUACGAAACAAGGCUUGGUACAAUCGGUGGUCCCUAAUGGAAUUCCAAGGCACAGAACCAAUGACUUUGGGUUCCCCUACAUCACCAAAGCCUGGCCCGGGUGCCCAGUUCCUGCCCGGGUUUCUGAUGGGGGAUCUGCCAGCACCUGUCACACCCCAGCCUAGAUCAUUUGGUGUUAUGGAAAUGAGGUCACCACUUCAAGCAGGUAACUCUCCUCCCCAGCCGGUUGUUCCCACGCCAAAAGACAAGAGCGGCGCCCCUCCUGUUAGGAGCAUCUAUGAUGACCUCUCCAGCCCGGCGAUUGGCCUUUCACCUCUGGGUGCACACAAACAGCCCUUUUCAUUGACUCAAACCCCCCUGUCAGGUUACAUGGCAGUCACACCAGGAACAGCCUCCAGUCUAUUCAGUCCUGCCGGCAUCGGCCAUCCAGCCAAGUCGGUCAUGUCUCCUGCCCAGGUGGACCCGUUCUUCACCCAGGGAGAGACCCUGUCUUCUGAGGACCAUCUGGACGAUACGUGGGUCACUGUGUUUGGGUUCCCUCCGGCCUCUGCGUCAUAUAUUCUGCUCCAGUUUGCCCAGUACGGAAACAUCCUGAAACACGUGAUGUCCAACACUGGCAACUGGAUGCAUAUUCAGUAUCAGUCUAAACUCCAAGCGAGAAAAGCACUAAGCAAAGACGGGAAGGUUUUCGGCGAGGCUAUAAUGAUUGGUGUUAAACCAUGCAUUGAUAAGAAUGUGAUGGAGAGCUCCGACCGAGGCCCAGUGUCCUCUGGUCCAGUCUUCACUCCCCCUGUGAGGAACGGGACCCCCAGCCAUCAGGGGUCCACACCGCGCUCCUCCAUGAGGCCCCUCAGUGCUGCAUACAAGGCCUCCAGCAAUGACUACCAGGUGGUGGCCGACAGACAAACCCCCCGGAAGGACGACAGUUUGGUUUCCAAGGCAAUGGAGUAUAUGUUCGGUUGGUGAUAUCUGAGGAAUGGGCCCGCCUGAUGAAUGCUUCGCUGAUUACACUGAGAGAUGACCAGCCUUCUGUCAUCACCAUAUUACAGAGUCAGCGGUUGACUAACAAAUGGCACCCUAAUCCCUCAGCUGAAGUACUUUUGAUCAAAUGCACUACAUGGGGUAAUAGGGUCCCAUUUGGGAAGCGUGCAGUGUGACUGAUUUUAGAGGCAAGCUGUUCCCAUGACGACUAUGCACUUUCUCUGGCGGUUGAGUGACCGGGGGCUUGCCUGGACCGGGUACUGUACAGUGUUGGCAUCGAAUGACGUGUUUCCGCGUUGAAAUCAGUGCUGAAUGGACAAAGGACACCAGCCCACCAGGCCCACGCUGGAUUUCCCAAGUCGCAGCGGUUGUCGUGUUCGGGGGAAAUGCGUAGGGAGCUUGGACAUGAUAUGUUUAGGGUGUGAAAUGAAGUGUGCACAUUGUGUCCCGAAACGCACCCUUUUCUGUAUGUAGAGCCCUUUGACAGGGGCCCAUCAGUGCGGUCAAAGUGGGCUCACUCUUUAGGGAUUAGGACGCCAUUUGGAUUCAGACACGGCCUCUCUGCAGUACAGUAACCAAACCCGGGCCCUCCUCUGUCAGCUCUAAAUCAGGAUACGUGGACAACUUGGGCCUUGAUGCAUUGAAAUGGCGCAAGGUCGACUUUGUGUUUUGAGUUUCUUUUUUGAGAGGAUACGAUUUUUUUAAGAGUUGUUGAAAUACCUUUUGUAUACUCUGUAGGAAAUGUUUAUACAAAGAACAUGAUCGCAAGGCUGUUAGCGUAUCAAAAUGUAUUUUCUUUUUCAUCUUUUAAAAAUCUAUUUAAAAUGUGCUGUAUUUGUGUUUUGUCCG